GAUGCGGGCUCUGAGCUGCUCACAGCUCGCCUGACCAGCGGGGCCGAGGCGGCGGCGGUGUUGGUGGUGGUGCUGGAAGACGACGAGGAGGAGGAGACAGGUUCGAGGAGGAGGAGGUGGUGGUGGUGAACUCGGAGAAACGUGGAACAACGAAGCCAUCGUCGUCAUCAUGGUGGUCACGGUGGAUUUUGACGAAUGCCUCAAAGACUCGCCAAGAUUUCGGGCGAGCCUCGAAGAGGUCGAGGGCGAUGUGGUGGAGCUCGAGGUGAAGCUGGAGAAGCUGGUGAAGCUGUGCGGGGGGAUGAUCGAGGCGGGCAAGGCGUACAACGUGGCCAACCGCCUCUUCGUCAACGGGUUGCGGGACCUCGUCACCCAGUCCCGCAAGGACGACAUGCUCGUGGAGUGUCUGGACAAGUUUGCCUCAGGCCUGCAGGAGGUCGUCAAAUUUUACACGGUGCUGUUCGAUCAGGCACACCGCUCCAUCAAGCUGCAGCUGCAGAAGUUCGUCAAAGAGGACGUGAAGAAGCUGAAGGAGACGAAGAAGCACUUUGAGAAGAUGAGCGAGGACAUGGAGGGGGCGCUGGCGCGCAACGCGCAGGUGUCGCGCACGCGCCCACACGAGAUGGAGGAGGCGAGCGCCGCCCUCGCCUCCACACGCAAGUGCUUCCGCCACCUGGCGCUCGACUACGCGCUACAGAUAAACGUUCUUCAGACCAAGAAGAGGCUGGAGGUUCUCGAUUCGAUGCUCUCCUACAUGCACGCGCAGUACGCCUUCUUCCAGCAGGGCUUCGACCUCCUCAACAACCUCGACCCCUACAUGAAGAACCUCGCUUCGCAGCUGGACCAGCUGGUGGUGGAGUCGGCCGUGGAGAAGAGGGAGAUGGAGCACAAGCACGCGCUCAUCCAGCAGAAGGCGACAAUACAGGAGAUCUCGGACGACGGCCGGAUGGACGUGAGCCUGGACUCGCCCACGGGAGUGGUCAUGGAGGGGUACCUUUACAAGCGAGCCAGCAACGCCUUCAAGACCUGGAACAGGCGCUGGUUUUCUAUUCAGAACAAUCAACUGGUCUACCAGAAAAAGAUGAAGGACGGACUCACGGUCGUGGUGGAGGACCUGCGCCUCUGCUCCGUGAAGCCGCACGAGGACAUCGAGCGGCGAUUCUGCUUCGAGGUCGUCUCCCCCAACAAGAGCUGCAUCCUCCAGGCGGACUCGGAGAAGCUGAGGCAGCUGUGGAUCCAGGCGGUGCAGGCGAGCAUCGCCACGGCGUACCGUGACGCGUGCGACGACACAUACGCCAUGCGCCUGGAGCGGAACGCGUCGCCCUCCACGGGAAGCCUGGACUCGGCGUCGGACGCCCGUGACCGCGGGGCGCGAGGCUGCAGCGACAACGUGCUGGCGCGCGUGCAGGCCAUCCGUGGCAACGAGCGCUGCUGCGACUGCGGGCAGCCCGACCCACGCUGGGCCAGCAUUAACCUGGGCAUCGCCCUCUGCAUCGAGUGCUCCGGGAUUCACAGGAGCCUUGGAGUUCACUGCUCUAAAGUUCGAUCCCUAACCCUGGACUCGUGGGAACCAGAGCUUCUGAAGCUGAUGUGUGAGCUCGGGAACCACGUGAUCAACGACAUCUACGAGGCGAGCGCGGACGACGUCGGCGGCAAGAAGCCAACUCCUUCGAGCUCACGCCAGGAGAAGGAGAUGUGGAUUCGGGCCAAGUAUGUCGACCGCAAGUUCCUGCGUCCAUUCCCAGAGGCCGCUCGUCUCGCGCAGGAGUCCGGUGCCCUGUGGGCCCCUCGGCCCGUGGGCCCCGCGCUGCGCCCGGGCUCCUCCCGCGCUCCGAGCAGCACCGGUGGGAUCAACGCCAACAUCGGCGGCGGCGGUGGCCGCGGCGGAAACACCGGAAUUGGCGGUGGCGGCGGCGGAGGAGGGGGCGGCACCAUGGGAUCCGGAGGCUCCAGGCGGAGCGGAUCGGCGUCCGGCUCUCAGCGCGGCCUGAGAGUGUCGGGCGGCAGCGGCCGGAGGAGGCGGAGGAGGAGCAGCGGAGGAGGUGGUGGGGGGGCGUCGAACGGGCCGGGCCCUGCCGGGGUGCCGCCGGGAGGCGGCGGUGGGGGUGGCCGGAGGGAGACGGGCACCUCGCUGUCGUCGCCGAGACUCCAUCCUGCCGUAGCCGCGCUGGAGAAACAGUUCCGCAGGGACUCGCUGUUCUGCCCGGACGAACUCGACUCACUCUUCUCCUACUUCGACAACGCGGCCGCUGGAGGCGGGGCACGCAAGCCAUCGCAGUCGCCCGUGUCACACCACGGGGAGGAGAUAGAGGGACGUUCACAUGUGGUGUGUGUGGCGCGUGCUGCGGCAGCAGGGCUCAGCAGUGACAGUGGCCUGGGCGGCAGCUCCGACGGCAGCACCGACAUCCUGGUGUUCGACUCCGUGCCUGAGCAGGCGAGCGAGUGCUCGGACGACUCGAGCCUGGAGGAAGAGGAGGCCGACGAGGAGGAGGUGGGCGGCUUCCGUCAGGACGGCGGCGAAUCCUCCUCCGUCGCCUCGACCACGGGCAUCGGCAACAAGGCGGCGGCCGCCGCCACGGCCACCGCGGCGGCGUCGUCUUCGUCGUCGGCCACCAUGCUCCUAAUGUCGGCCGCGAUGCGCUCGCUGGCGCUGCGCGGGCCCCCCGUGGAGGCGACGCCCGCGUGGCUGCUGCGCCGCGCGGCGCUGGCUCGCUGCCUGCCCAUCAUGGCCGAGGCGCUGGCCCACGGCGCCGACGUCAAUCGGCCGAGCGAACUUGGGGAGCGCGACGACGACGACGACGAGGAGCGGGACGAGGGGGAGGAGGACGACGAGGAAGGGAACAACGGCGGAGGUGGACGGGGCGCCAGCGCAGACAACGAGGGACGGACGCCGCUCGUUUACGCCGUGUAUGGGGGCUCGCUGGUGGCGUGCGAGUUCCUCCUGCAGAACGGAGCCGACGUGAACCUGCGGGACGCGCGGGAUCGCAGCCCCCUGCACCACGCCACGCAGCUGGGCUACACCGGGCAGGUGUGCCUCUUCCUGAAGCGGGGAGCCAAUCAGAACGCGGUGGACGAGGGCGGCAUGGACCCACUCAGCAUCGCAGUGCAGGCGGCCAACGCCGACAUCGUCACGCUGCUGCGUCUGGCGCGCAUGAAUGAGGAGAUGCGCGAGUCGGAGGGCUUCUACUCGCACCCGGGCCACUACCCCAGCAGCAGCCCCACCGAGCAGCAGUACCGCAAAUGCAUCCAGGAGUUUAUCGCACUGCAGAUCGACGACGGCUAGACGCCCGCCCGCCCGCCCCUUCCGCUCCCCCACGCCUCACCCCCUCACCCAACAACCACCAAACCCUCAUCACCCCCCCACCACCACCACCACCGACCGACCGCACGAGGCUCACGAUGGCGUCCGGCUCGGGGAGAGGGGGGGUUCCAGGGGGGGGGUUCCAGACCGUGCUCGCGACACUUCCACCGUUAUCCGUCCGCGCCGUUUAAACUCGUUAUUUAUUAACUUUGUCGUCGUCGUUGUUGUUGUUGUUGUUCCCGUUACUGUCGUUGUUGUUGAUGAUGAUUCUUCAUGUGCACCCGGUGGCUUGUGAGACCCGCCUCGUUUUACCUCUCAGCUUCCGUCACAAAUCCUACGUCGCGUCUCCCGAGUCGGUGAACCUCCCGCACGCCACAACGCAUUUGGCGGUUCCUUUCCAUCCCACAUUGUUUUUAUAAUGGACCUUCAAAACCAUACCGCUUACACACAUUACAAAAAAAUAUUUUACUCUUGAAGACCUUCUGAACACGAAAUAUGAACGUCACUUAUAUCCCAACCGUAAAUCCUUUAAACUUGCUCGUGAAUGAAUGAAGAGGG